AUGAAAAACAGUUCGGGUUCAACUUUGACUGAAGCUGGGAGCGAUUAUGAUAUAGGGGUAACCGUAUGUCAGCUGAUGUACCAUAUCAUCGUGGUAUUCUUCGGCGUGCCUGGUAACUGUCUCAUCCUUCGUGUGUACUGGACUAAGACUCUCAAGACCAGCACUCACGUUCUGAUCAUGGGACUUGCCUGGGCCGAUCUCGCCGUCUGUUUACUGCAUAUUCUGGGUAUCUCCGAGCGUAUUCUGCAUCUUGCCGGGUCGGCUGCACCGCUGUGGGUGACUGUUUUGAUAUCGUUUCAGUACAUCGCUCUUGGUACAUCGAGUGUGCUGACCGGAGUGAUCGCAGCGGAUCGCUACGACUGCAUCUGCCGUCCACAGCGCCGGUUCUUCACCCACAGGCGCGGUAAGAUAGCAGUUUUGGCCUCGCUAGUAUUGUCAUUUCUCAUGAAUAUCCCCGGGUUCUUCGCUUCGUCAUCUAAUUUCUCAAAUCCCUUCGAAGUGGAGUUGGUAUUUGCAUUGCAAUUUGCUAAAUUUGUGUUCGUACUGAUCAUGAUUGCCCUGUGCUACGGAAAAGUCUACUUAACGAUCCGGAAACAUACUCGGGUAGGUGCCCUGAAGACGACGGUACAGGAGGGAAACGGUAAGGCUGGAGAUAGUGAGUGGUCCACGAGAUUUCCGAUUAGCCCUGGAGAAAGUAGUCAACAAACCUCCAGCAAUACUGUUGAUACGGUUGCUAUAUCUGGACACAUCCUCCAAGCUUCGUUACCUAUGGAAAUUAAAAGCGUUGCUGGACCACAACCAACCCCCGGCGGCCCGUGCGGUGCGUUACCCCACGUCCAAGAACCAACUGAAAGUGGCCCCUUUCGGAAUGGAAAAUCGGCGGUGCUACACAGGAAGACGACCCUUAUGCUUUUCAUCACCAGUCUGGUGUAUCUGCUGACAUGGAUGCCGUACUGGGUCUACGCAACGGUAUUGGUCUCCUAUUUUCGAGGUGUAAUGGUUAAUCCAUCGUCCAUUGGAAUCUUGAUAGAGAUAAGUUAUGUUGUGUACAUUAACAAUGCUGUCAAUCCGCUCAUUUACGGACUCGCAAACAGACGGUUCAGAAAAGACUGUAAAGAAGUCAUCCGCAAGAUGAGGCUCUGA